UGGGAAAAUAUUGAUUUAAAUAUGCUGUUCUCAGUAGCAAUCGUCAUCUCGCUUAUAGCAUACACAAGCGCAAUAUGUCAACCAACAAACAUGGACAGAGCAAGUAAGGUGUUCAAGGCGUAUGAUACAGACAAUAAUGGUAAAAUAUCAAGAGGUGAAGGUCACAUGACGUUCCGGAUGUCUGACAAAAACUCUGAUGGCAGUUUAUCACCUGACGAAUUCUCUACAGAAUGGACAUUUUACAACUCUAAAACUUACAUGCCAUUCUUUUACGCCGGUGAUGAAAAUAAUGACGGGAAAUUAGAUUUUGAUGAAGGAAAUAAGGCCUUUGACUAUUUCGACAAUAACGAGGAUGGUGAAAUCACAGCCUAUGAAUUCACAAGAACGUGGGACCACCUUGAUCGAUAUUUCAACUCCAACAAUAACGGAAAUGUUAAGAAAUAGUCAUUUAUGAUUAUAUGAUUUGUGCUGUAUCUGUAUAUGAAAAAAUAAACAAAACAAAUGAAACUGUG